GAGAAAAUUGGAUGGGAAAAUAAUUUUUUAUUAUUCUUAUUAUUCAAUAGAUGUGAUAAGUUUUAUACAGUCAUUGUUAAUUCCUAAUGGAACAGUAGUCUGAAAAUUAAAAUUAAAAAAAUGGUUCGGGAGGUGGCUUAUAAGCUGUCGUUGUUCUCAUUUGAUUCUGCGGCAAGAUGACGGGACUUUGGGCUCUGGGAGUUGAGAUAGAGCAAGGGUUUCGAUUCGAGCCAGGGAUGUUUGUGCACUGUUUUAGUGCUCCCAGGGCUGGGAUUUGAGCAGGAAACAAAAAGAAAAUUAAUAGUUGGCUUACCCCAAGUUUCAGCUUUGUGUUUCUGUCUUGUUAUUGAAUUUUGUCUGCCCAUGCUUGGACUCUGCUUGGUUUCCGGGAAAGCUUUGUGGCUUCUGUGGUUUGAUAACAAAGGCCUUGAGAGGAAGCAUUUUCCUCUGCCAUCUUCCUCGGUCAUCCCUCUCUGCUGUCCAAAGAACAUGAACUCUUCAUCAGCGCAAUUUGUCACCUCGAGAAGGAUGGGAGUAUAUGACCCAAUCCAACAGAUGAGCAUGUGGGGUGAAAACUUCAAAAGCAACAAUAAUCUAAAUUCAUCUGCAUCCUUGAUCGUGGAGGAUGUGAAACUAGAUAGUCAGUCAGAGGUUGCUUCACAUGGAAUAUCGGGACCUUCAAAUCAAUAUGACCAAGAAGCUACUAAACCUGUUGAUAAGACACAAAGACGACUUGCACAAAACCGGGAGGCUGCUCGUAAAAGUCGUUUGCGGAAGAAGGCCUAUGUUCAGCAGUUGGAAACAAGUCGUCUGAAGCUGAAUCAAUUAGAGCACGAACUGGAGUGUGCCCGGCAUCAGAGCUCAUAUAUGGUUGGUGGGUUGGAUGCCAUCCAUCCGGGGUUUCCUGGAGCAGUGAACCCAGGGAUUACUACAUUUGAGAUAGAGUAUGGGAACUGGGUGGAAGAACAAAAUAGACAGAUUCGUGCCUUGAGGAAUGCUUUGAAUGCUGAUGUACCUGAUAUGAAGCUUCGAAUCUUGGUAGAAAACUGCAGGCACCAUUAUAUUGAACUUUUCCGCAUGAAAGAAACUGCUGCAAAAGCCGACGUCUUCUAUGUGUCGUCGGGCAUGUGGAAAACAUCAGCGGAGCGCUUUUUCUCGUGGAUUGGAGGGAUUCGCCCUUCAGAACUUCUUAAGGUGACGUGUGGAUCAUCUCAAAUUAAUGUGCUUGGGCCUCAGCUUAGCCCCAUGACAGAAGAACAAUCUGUGCAAGUUGGCUAUCUUCAAGAUGCAUGUCUGCAAGCAGAAGAUGCUCUUUGGCAAGGUAUGGAGAGACUCCAGCAAACUCUGGCUGAGACUGUAGCAGCUAGUCAACUGAUUGAAGGAAGUUACAUCCCGCAGAUGGCUGCUGCAAUGAAGAAAUUGGAAAAUCUAGUGGAAUUUGUGAAUGAGGCUGACCAUAUUCGGGAGGAAGCCCUAGAUCAGAUGUUUCGCAUCCUCACUAUCCGCCAGGCAGCUCGAGGCCUGCUUGCCUUGGGAGAGUACUUCCAACGCUUUCGAGAUUUGAGUAAGCUUUGGGCUGCUCGUUCUCAUGAGCAAGCUUAGUCUCAUAGUGGAAGAGGCUACAAACUGCUUAGUCUUAUAAUGGAAGAAGCUACAAGCUCAAAAUCGCCAUGAGGUUAUCAUGACCAGCAGCAUACCUUGGCAAGCAGAUGUGCAAUUCAGUAGUGUUGUUAUGAAGAUACAUAGACAUGAUCCAUUUUUCAAUCAGCCUCCCACCAUUGAGAAGUUGUAUAUAUUUAUGGCCAUUUGAUCAAGAGGAAAUUGUAAUUAGGGUUAUUUUUAGUGCUUGUACAUUACCUUCUCCUCAAAGUUCAUAUAUUUAAGAUUUAGAUUUUGAGCUGAGAGUUUGGAACUUUGUCAUGUAAAAAUGUCUUAAAAGUUGUUUGUGCUUUGAACUGAACUUGCUUUGCUCAGAACGAAGUGAUAUUGUGUAGUUGAAUUGGAUUGUGAUCGUAAGGUGUAUCAAAUGCUUUUAAUUUGAAAAAAAAAAGGUUUGAUGGACUAUCUAUUUUCAACUUCA